AUGGAUUUUUCAGAAAUAAGAGAAAUAAGAAAGCAAAACAAGAGGGACACAUCAAGAGCCAUUCUUGGAAAUGAGGAAGAGCUCAUCUCUUCAACUUCUCGAACUACAAAAACUGCCAAUGUUGAUGAUCAUCACGACUAUGAUCAAAAUCACUCGCCAACAGUAUCGAAGACUAUUGAAUUUGAAGUCCUCUGUAGCCUCACAAACUCAUUGCUGGCUGCAAAAAGUCCUGAUGAUCUGUUGACACCCAAGUUCGAUGCAGAGAAGCAAGCGGAGUUCAACAAAGGUGUUGAAGGGGCGACUAAAUUUCUGCUCUCAAAGUUCAGUGACCUCUAA